UUAAUUGCCAUGUCUCUCUCUCUCUCUCUGUACCUCCCCUGUCUUCUCUUUCGGCGCGUCGAUUUCACAUUAUUAUCUCCUCUUUCAGACAGACAGCUUUGAUUCCGUAAGACAGUUUCGUUUCUCCCCCAAGUUUGUCCGUAAAUGAUUGAUCUUUUUUUUCAAAUCUCUUCUUCUCUUUGCCCACUUCUGAAAUUGAAUCAUUCCAAUAAGAAGUUUAUAAAACUCUUCUUAUCCUGCGUUGAUUUUUCUGCUUUAGCGUCUGUCUCUUUCAAAACAAGACGUGUCUUUGUUUUUUAAGAUUCAUCUCUUGGUGUGGGGUUCUUGAGAGGGGUUUUCUAGAGUUCUGGUAUUGAUUUUGAAUCUGUGAUCAGAUAGAUAAGCUUGGGAGGGGCUUUGAUGCUAGUUUGGUAUUCUACCGACAACUCCGAUCUCCUGUCUGGUCAUAUCUGAUAAUUGGGGGUUUCUUAUAGGGGAAUGAGAAAACUGUAUAGGAAGCUGGUUUCAUUCAGAGACCCAUUUACAAGAGCCAAGAGACACGUCAGCUCAUCAUCAUCAUCACAUUCAGGGUUUAGGUCUUUCAGCGACAGAAGAUGGAUGUUCCCUUUCCUAGCGACCUUGUUCAUCUCCAUCACUCUCCUCACCCUCUCCAUCUCCGGCGGCUUUCACUCAGAAGAAGAAGAAGAACAUCCUUUACCAUCAGACGUUGUUUCAGAGUCUAACAAAGACUACUUUGUAGAAUCUAGUUUCACAAAACCAAAUGUUAAUAACAAUCCAGAAGACCUUCCUAGGCUAGCUUACCUGAUCUCGGGGACGAAAGGAGACAGUCACAGGAUGAUGAGAACCUUGCAAGCCGUGUACCAUCCUAGAAACCAGUACGUUCUUCACUUGGACCUCGAGGCUCCACCUAAAGAGCGGAUGGAGCUGGCGAUGUCUGUGAGGAGCGAUCCCGUUUUCAGUCGGAUGCAGAAUGUGAGGGUGAUGUCUCAGUCUAAUCUUGUUACUUAUAAAGGUCCUACUAUGAUUGCUUGCACUCUCCAAGCCGUUGCGAUUUUGCUGAGAGAGAGCUUGCAUUGGGAUUGGUUUCUUAAUCUUAGUGCCUCGGAUUAUCCUCUCGUAACACAAGAUGAUUUGUUGUAUGUCUUCUCAAACAUGUCGAGGAGUGUCAAUUUCAUUGAGAAUAUGCAGCUCACUGGUUGGAAACUGAAUCAGAGGGCUAAGUCAAUCAUAGUUGACCCUGGCCUGUACCUAUCAAAGAAAUCUGACCUAGCUUGGACUACUCAGCGACGAUCACUUCCUACUUCUUUCAAGCUAUUCACCGGCUCAGCUUGGAUAAUGCUGACACGGUCUUUCCUCGAGUACUGCAUCUGGGGAUGGGACAACUUCCCGAGGACGAUACUAAUGUACUACACCAACUUCGUCUCAUCUCCCGAAGGUUACUUCCACACGGUGAUCUGCAACAGCAAAGAGUUCGUCGACACCGCUAUAGGACACGACCUUCACUACAUUGCUUGGGACAAUCCUCCGAAGCAGCACCCUGUCUCUCUCUCGCUGAAAGAUUUUGACAACAUGGUCAAGAGCAAGGCUCCGUUCGCGCGUAAGUUCCACAAGAACGAUCCCGUGCUGGACAAGAUCGAUAGAGAGUUGCUGGGACGGACGCACAGGUUCUCGCCGGGAGGGUGGUGUGUAGGGAGGUCGGAUAAUGGGAGUGAUCCGUGCUCUGUGCAAGGGGAUGACUCGGUUUUGAGACCAGGACCUGGUGCUGUGAGGUUGCAGGAGCUUGUUCAGACGUUGUCUUCUGAGGAGUAUAGGAGUAAACAAUGUUCAUGAAUGUUUGAGGUUUCUCUAAUGAUGAUGCAAAAUGUCAUGUUGUAUAUUACUUUUUUGGUUGAUUAUCAUUUUUGGUUAUAGAUUGAUAUA